UCUACACAAACCCUCCGCACACUCUCUCUCUUAUAAACCCCUUUUUCUCCCAUCUGUAAUUUUCCACCAAUAAAUAUAUAAAUUAAAACGAAAAAGGAAUUUCCCCCUGCCCUUUUUAUUAUUCCCUGCCCCCUCUCUCUCUCUUCUCUUUCUCUCUCUACUGCAGCACCAGCACAGUAUCCAGGAAGAGAGUUCCGGAAAAUCGUUUGCGCGGCGUGCUCGAUCUGUUCUCAGGUUAUUACCUACCUUAAAAUCGUGCUUAGACUUUUAAGUAUUCCUAGCCAGCAUGAGUGUGGUCGGUUUUGAUUUUGGAAACGAGAGUGGUGUUGUCGCUGUUGCAAGACAAAGAGGGAUUGAUGUUGUACUUAACGAUGAGUCCAAGCGUGAAACUCCUGCCAUUGUAUGCUUUGGUGACAAGCAGCGGUUCCUCGGUACAGCUGGAGCUGCGUCGAGUAUGAUGAACCCAAAAAACACAAUAUCUCAAAUAAAGAGGUUGAUUGGACGCCAGUUCUCCGAUCCCGAGCUGCAGCGUGAUAUCAAAUCAUUGCCAUUUUUGGUGACCGAAGGUCCAGAUGGAUAUCCAUUAAUCCAUGCUCGGUAUUUGGGUGAAACUAGGACAUUUACUCCUACGCAGGUUCUGGGAAUGGUAUUUUCUGAUUUGAAGAUCAUCGCCGAGAAGAAUUUAAAUACAGCAGUUGUCGAUUGCUGCAUUGGAAUUCCCGUUUAUUUCACUGACUUGCAGAGAAGAGCUGUGAUAGAUGCGGCAACAAUUGCUGGCUUGCAUCCUCUUCGCCUCAUUCACGAGACCACAGCUACUGCAUUAGCUUAUGGAAUUUAUAAGACAGAUUUACCCGAAAACGAGCCAAUGAAUGUUGCUUUUGUUGAUGUUGGGCAUGCGAGCAUGCAAGUCUGUAUUGCUGCCUUCAAGAAAGGUCAACUAAAAAUAUUGGCCCACUCUUUUGACCGCUCUCUAGGUGGAAGGGAUUUUGAUGAAGCGCUUUUCCAGCAUUUCGCGGCUAAGUUCAAGGACGAAUAUAAGAUUGAUGUGUAUCAGAACGCGAGGGCUUGCCUGCGGUUGCGUGCCGCUUGUGAGAAGGUAAAGAAAGUUCUCAGUGCAAAUCCUGAGGCACCUCUCAACAUUGAGUGCUUGAUGGAAGAGAAGGAUGUUCGAGGAUUUAUUAAGAGGGACGAGUUUGAACAAAUCAGCUCUCCGAUACUGGAGCGUGUGAAAAAACCCUUGGAGAAGGCUCUUGCAGAAGCUGGACUGACUGUUGAGAAUAUACAUUCGGUUGAAGUUGUUGGUUCAGGCUCUCGAGUCCCUGCUGUUUUUAAGAUAUUGACUGAUUUUUUCGGGAAGGAGCCCAGAAGAACAAUGAAUGCAAGUGAGUGUGUUGCUAAAGGCAGUGCUCUAGAAUGUGCUAUUCUUAGUCCCACCUUUAAAGUGCGGGAAUUUCAGGUCAAUGAGAGUUUUCCUUUCCCGAUUGCUUUGUCAUGGAAAGGUUCUGCUCCCGAUACACAAAAUGGAGCGGCGGAUAAUCAACAGAGCACCGUUGUAUUCCCCAAGGGUAACCCGAUACCAAGUGUGAAGGCCUUGACUUUCUACAGAUCUGGCACCUUCACAAUAGAUGUACAAUAUGCUGAUGUCAGCGAAUUGCAGGCACCUGCAAAGAUUAGCACUUAUACGGUUGGACCUUUCCAGUCCACAAAGAGUGAAAGAGCAAAACUGAAGGUCAAAGUACGUCUGAAUCUUCAUGGUAUUGUAUCAAUUGAGUCAGCAACGCUCUUGGAAGAGGAAGAGGUGGAAGUUCCUGUUGUGAAAGAGGCGACCAAGAUGGAAACCGAUGAAGCUCCUGGUGCUACUCCAAGCACCACUGAAACUGAUGUUAAUAUGCAAGAUGCAAAAACCGAUGGAGCCGAAAAUGGUGUGCCAGAGUCAGGAGACAAGACGGCACAGAUGGAAACUGAUGUCAAGGUUGAGGCGCCUAAGAAAAAGGUCAAGAAAACCAGCGUACCUGUAUCAGAGAUUGUUUACGGAGGGAUGGCUGCUGCAGAUGUGCAAAAAGCGGUGGAGAAGGAGUUUGAGAUGGCUUUGCAGGAUCGUGUUAUGGAAGAAACCAAAGACAAAAAGAAUGCUGUGGAGGCUUAUGUCUAUGAAAUGAGGAACAAGCUUAACGACAAGUAUCACGAGUUUGUAACCGAAUCAGAUAAAGAGCAGCUUAUUUCUAGACUCCAAGAAGUCGAAGAUUGGUUGUACGAGGAUGGCGAGGAUGAAACCAAAGGAGUCUAUGUUGCUAAGCUCGAUGAGCUCAAGAAGCAAGGCGACCCUAUUGAGUUCCGUUUUAAGGAACACACAGAAAGGGGAUCUGUGGUCGAUCAACUUGCCUAUUGCAUCAGCAGUUACAGAGAUGCCGUUGUGUCAAAUGACCCCAAGUUUGACCACAUUGAUGUAGCCGAGAAGCAAAAGGUUUUGAACGAAUGCGUGGAAGCUGAAGCUUGGCUAAGAGAGAAGAAACAGCACCAGGACACACUUCCGAAAUACGCGACACCGGUUCUUUUGUCUGCUGAUGUUAGGAAAAAGGCCGAAGCUCUCGACAGGGUUUGUAGGCCGGUAAUGAUGAAACCAAAGCCAGCAGUAAAGCCAGCUACACCCGAAGCAGCACCAUCACCAGCUUCUUCACAAGGAGGCGAACCGCAUUCUCAUGGGGCCGAGAAAAGUGGUGAGGGCGAAAACGGUAAUACGACUGACACUGCUGGAUCUGGAAAUGGAGUACCUUCAGCUGAUGCAGAGCCUAUGGAAACUGAGAAACCGGAGUAGUGGUCUAUUUUAUUUAUUUAUAGGGGCUUAUUAUUUUCGGUUAUUUUUGUUACGACUUUGGGGGAACUUUUGUCGACGGGGUGUGGUUUAUUGAAUUUUAUCUGAUGAUGAGAUUGUUUUUGAGUUACUUUCCGGUCACUUCAAAUUUAUUAUACUAUUAAUUAUUAGGUGGGGUUCUUCUCUAUAGACUAAAUAUAUGGUUGGUCAUGUUUUUGAUAUGGGUUCGUAAGAAAUAGAUUAACGAGUAUCGUUCGCUAGUCUUAUCUGAAUACAGGAUCUGUUUCGGCUCGUUUCAGUUUAAUGGAUGCGCUCUUCGUUUA